AUGUCUGAAGAAGCUCAGUCCGGCGUGCAGUUGAGUGAGGAAUUGCCCAUUCUCACCGUGCGCAAAUCGGGAAAGACGAUUGCAGUGGUGGCGGAUAGUCCCUCUGCAAAAUGUUGCUUGCCCUUCUCCCUGGCCUCAUGCGAGGUGAUGCAGGUGACUACUCAGGACGCCUUGCUGGAGGCGCGUGAGAGCGGCGCCCUCAAGUUAGUGGCGCUGGAGUGGCCAAUCAAGGUAAAGGUGCGGGUGGCUCUCAGUGCCGUUCAUGGGCGCACACACUGGGUGGUCCUCAGCAGCGGGGCCUCGGGCAGCACGACGACGGUUUCCAAGAGCUUUAAAGGCACAGAGGAGGGUUUGUGUGAAGUUUCGGGGUGGCUGAAGAGUAUCGAACUCCAUGGGUCAUGUGAGAUGUGUAUAGCGAGCGAGCCUGACUUCUCCGAGUUGCAUGUCACACAGCAGGUGGUGGGACAUAUGCGUCUUCGGGAGGCGGAUGAGGAGGUGAAUGAGCGGGUUAUGCUUGGAGACUCCAUGUCUGAAAUCGCAAUUCUCGUGGAAGACUUCUUGCGGGCGUACUUCAUUGAUGGGAUGAAUUCACCAACCGCUGUGUUUUGGCCACUUCCUCUGACGUUUCCAGUGAAUAUUCAUUCCACGUUGGACAAGCAACGCGUUGAGGAGCACAAAGCGCUCUUGCUCCCUAUGCGCCCAUUGCUGCACUUUAGGCAGAGAUUGAAGGAUUGGGCGAGAGCAAAUGAAUUGCGUCCGAUGUCAGUAGCAUCCAUGUCCCGUACUGGCGUCUCGUGGGAGAAGCACCUCAUACGCGACAUUCACAAGAAUGUGAGGUGCCUCUCGCCUAUUUCAGGUGGAGAAUUAUUUGUGACAAGCGGUUCGUACGAUUACUAUCACUACCGUGUUGAUGGAUUCAAGGAUGACGGAUGGGGAUGUGCGUAUCGCAGCCUGCAGACAAUUCUGUCGUGGUUUCAGUACGAAGGGCUCAUGGAUAAGCCAAUGCCAGAUUUACGGGCUAUUCAAGAGAUUUUGGCGGUGAAGGAUGCGGAAAAAAUGGGUCGUAAAGAUUUUGUGGGAUCUAGAGACUGGAUUGGAUCCUUCGAGAUCAUGAUUGUGAUACAGCACUACGUGCCAGGCAUUGAGUGCACCAUACGGCGCAUGGAAAGCGGAUCUGAUCUCGAUACGGACCCGAUGGUGCAGCAGCUUCUAGUGAGUCAUUUCCGGCAGAAGAGAGCGUGCCCUGUUAUGAUUGGUGGGAGUAGUUAUGCACAUACCAUCCUUGGUGUUGAUGCGAAUCUGGCCACAGUGGAGGCGCGGUACUUGGUGGCAGAUCCUCAUUAUUCUAGUAGCGAGACCUCAAUCAAGACGGUCACGAACAAAGGCUACGUUGGGUGGAAAGAGGCUGGGAAGUUCUUCGAGUCGAAUAGCUGGUACAACUUGUGCAUUCCACAAGUAGCAUCCUAUGACCCACGGUGA